GCGAUCCACAUCCACAUACACACAAAAAACACCCCCUCUAGAUCCAUCCUCUAGAUACACACCAUGCACACCAUCAUCAUCAACUUCAUCAACAAUCAACGAGGAGAGUUAGAGUUUACCAACGCGACAGCCUUUUAAAAACGUCAGAAAACAUCAGCCGGUCGGAUCAGAGUAUCAGAGUAUGUAUCAAGAGGAUUGAGAGGAUUGAGAGUUAUGGAGGCACAAGAACUAAAUAAUAACCAAUAUCACUGCAUUUAUGCCAUACUAUCAUGUUUAUUGCUAUCAAUUACGUAUGUCGCAAGUCUGUAUGUAUGGAGUUCACCACACACCAGGGAGCACUCGAGCACUAUAAAAAAAAGAUUCUUCAGUGUGUUCAUUAUGGCUCUGAUAUCUCCAGUAUUUUUAUACUUUGGAAUGAGUAAUAAAGUACUUGAAAAGGUAACAAUUUGGGAACUCCUUGGCCUCAGAUGGUCAGGAUUAUUUCAAGCAAUUUUUAUUCCUCUACUCUUGACAAUGAUCUUAUUCUUAGGGCCACUUUGUUUACAAGGGCUCAAUGGCCAAUGGAAAUUGUACGUGGAGCCAAUGUACUGGCUAGGAAAUGCUAGAACGUUGAUUUGGUGGAGAAAUCUAGUGGUUGCUCCAUUGAGCGAAGAAUGGACCUUCAGGGCAUGUAUGUUACCAUUGUUAUUACAAUGCUUUAGUCCAACUACUGCCAUUUUUAUAUGUCCGUUAUUCUUUGGAGUUGCUCACUUUCAUCACGUCGUUGAAAGAACAAAAGUCGGGAUGGAGUUUAAACAUGCUGUCAUUCUAUCCACUUUUCAAUUUAUAUACACAACGAUAUUUGGAGCAUACGCAGCUUUUCUAUUUGCUAAAACAGGUCAUUUUGUCGCACCUUUUGCUGCUCAUUCAUUCUGCAAUCAUAUGGGAUUUCCAGAUCUCACAGAAGUAAUGGCCUACGAUAAUUUUUUUAAAAGAGCUGGAUUUUUUAGUCUCUUUGUAAUAGGUCUUGUUGCUUGGUGUUAUUUGCUGACACCUCUUACCAAUCCAUCGUGGUUCAAUAAUAAUAUUUUUUGGGAUAAAAAUUUUAUACAAUUUAAAACUUGACGAAUUAUUUAAUUUAAAUUGCAAUAAGUUAUCUUGGCAAUAGACAGUAGGGUGGGUUGAAAAAAAACUUUUUUUUUAUUUUUCUUAGCAUGGGGGUAGAAUUUGUACCUUAUAAAAAAAAAAAAAUUUUCAAGAAAAAAAAAAAUUUUUUACUUAACAUUUUGAGGUGGCCCACUCGUUUUUUAAAUAAAUAAUUGAUUAAACGGGGUAGUUCCAACGAAAAAAAUUUUUUUUUGUCCAAAAUCGUGGAAAACAUCUAAUAAUUGUCGAAUGUGAUUUUUUUUUACUUCACUUUCAUUUUAAUUCAAAAGAAAAUGCUUUUCAUUUUUGAAUUUUUUACUUAAAUUACAAAAAUAAUAGGAAAAAAAUUUUUUCAACUCCUGACUUUCAAUUAGCUUUCAAGGGGACACCCUACAGAUUGUAGAACACCAUGUAAUUUUUUUCGUUGGGACUACCCCGUUUGAUCAAUUAUUUAUUUUAAAAACGAGUGAGCCACCUCAAAAUGUUGAGUAAAAAAAUUUUUUUUUCUUGAAAAAUUUUUUUUUUUUAUAAGGUACAAAUUCUACCCCCAUGCUAAGAAAAGUUUUUUUUUCAACCCACCCUAAUAGACAGUAAUUACUUAAAUUAAUUCUCACAAAUCAAGAUGCUUAUCAAAACAAUAAAUUCUUAUUGGAUUUUAGGAUAAAAUUCACCAUAGUGCCUCAUCUUUGUUUGAUCAUUUGUAUAGUAUAAUAAUAAUGGUAAUUUUUUUGUCUUAAUACUUUUAUAUGACGAAAAAAUUGAUAGCCAUGUCCAAUUAUUUUAAAUCAUGACACAUCAGUUUUUGUAAUUUUUUUAUAAAUAUCGACUUGCAAUAAGUUUUAUUUACAUACAUACACGCGUGUUACUUAUAUUGGGCAUUCAUUUUCUAUAAGUCUUGUUAAUUAUAAUUACUAUAUA